GAUUCCUUUAAACUGAAACCAAAUGACUUUUGAAGUGUAUUUAGGUGACACUGCGUGAGCCUUGUGUGCAGUCUCCAGGUCAUUCCCUGAAGCAGGGAGUGGCGGCGUUUUCAGAGAGGGUGUUAGGUACUGACAGAUGAAGCAUGUGCUCCAGGGAGAAGAUGAACCUGAAAUCUGAACGCAGAGGAAUCCACGUUGAUCAGUCGGAGCUACUGUGCAAGAAGGGAUGUGGUUACUAUGGCAAUCCUGCUUGGCAGGGAUUUUGCUCCAAGUGCUGGAGAGAGGAAUACCAUAAGGCCAGGCAAAAACAGAUCCAGGAGGAUUGGGAGCUGGCAGAGCGGCUCCAACGUGAAGAGGAAGAAGCAUAUGCCAGCAGCCAGAGCACCCAAGGGGCUCAGUCACUGACCUUUUCAAAGUUUGAAGAAAAGAAAACCAAUGAGAAAACACGAAAGGUCACUACUGUGAAGAAGUUCUUCACUGCUUCUUCCAGAACAGGAGCUAAGAAGGUGGCUCAAGAGAAAAUCGUUAAGCAAGGACAGCUUGGGAGGGAGCGCAAUGCUGAUAACAUUCUCAGGGAUUUGAAGGAGAUUUUUACUCCCUCCUGGGAACUGGCUUCCCCUACUGAAGAGAUCCAAGAAGCCAAGGCUCCCAGCCCUUCUAUAAACAGGCAGGCUAGCAUCGAGACAGAUCGAGUGUCCAAGGAGUUCAUAGAAUUUCUCAAGACAUACCAUAAAUCUGGACAAGAUAUCUAUAAGCAAUGUAAACUCUUUUUGGACACAAUGAAUCAUAAAAGGGCCUUAAGUAUUGAGGAGCAGUCAGAGUGUGCCCAGGACUUCUACCAAAAUGUAGCAGAGAAGUUACAGACACGUUGGAAAGUGCCCCCUGAAAAAGUUGAGAAGGCAAUGGAUCAGAUUGAAAAAUACAUCAUGACUCGACAGUAUAAAUAUGUAUUUUGCCCUGAAACAACUGAUGAUGAGAAGAAAGAUCUUGCUGUCCAAAAGAGAAUCAGGGCUUUGCACUGGGUAACUCCACAGAUGCUGUGUGUUCCUGUCAAUGAGGAAAUCCCCGAAGUCUCGGAUAUGGUUGUAAAAGCAAUUACAGAUAUUAUCGAAAUGGAUUCAAAGCGUGUCCCUCGUGAUAAGCUAGCAUGCAUCACCAAGUGCAGCAAGCAUAUAUUUAAUGCUAUUAAAAUCACAAAAAAUGAACCAGCUUCUGCUGACGACUUUCUUCCAACACUUAUAUACAUUGUUUUGAAGGGAAACCCACCCCGCCUACAGUCUAACAUCCAGUAUAUAACACGCUUCUGUAAUCCGAGCAGGUUAAUGACGGGAGAAGAUGGCUACUAUUUCACCAAUUUGUGCUGUGCUGUGGCCUUCAUUGAAAAACUGGAUGCUCAGUCGUUAAAUCUAAGCCAAGAAGAUUUUGAUCGCUUUAUGACUGGUCAAACAUCCCCGAAGAAGCAAGAAUCUGAGAGUUUUUCACCUGACGUGUGCCUGGGUGUAAAGCAAAUGUAUAAAAACUUAGACCUCCUGUCUCAGUUGAAUGAGAGACAGGAAAGAAUCGUCAAUGAAGCCAAGAAGCUUGAGAAAGACCUAAUAGAUUGGACUGAUGGAAUUACAAAGGAAGUCCAAGAUAUUGUUGAGAAAUAUCCAUUAGAAAUAAAGCCAAAAAAUCAAGCCUUAGCAGCUAUUGACUCUGAAAAUGUGGAGAAUGACAAGCUGCCCCCACCACUGCAGCCUCAGGUCUAUGCAGGAUAAUGGUCAGUGUUAGCUGCAAAAAGCAUCUUUGUCCUCACCUAGUACUGUCUGCUGCUUGGGAAGGGAAGUUAAGGCUAAAAAUCAGAUGAGCUUCAAUGAAUCAAUUUUUAAAGGUACAUUUUUGGUUAAGUGUAAUGAAUUGUAUUUAUUUUAGUCGAGUUGGUUUCUAUUAGGCUUUUGUGGGUUUUUGAAUCAAAUUUACAUUUUCUACACAAACUGGUGUAAUUUUUAAGCAACACUAGGUCCAUUGACAUCUUUCCUGAAAGCUUCCUUCUAGGCAUGCACUUAACAUGUUUUUAAUAAUCAGUUUAACUGCAAGAAUUUGAGUUCCAGCAGGAAUUCAAAAGCUACCAUUGUUAGCCUGAAUUUAUCCUGUAGCUGUAAAGAUGAAAUAUAUAUUGUAAUAUAUGUAAAAUUGUAAAUAGAUUUAAAAUCUAAUGUCUCAACUCUGCAUGUAUAAGUGAAAAUUAUAUCCAAGUGUUCAUUUUGGCACCUUUCAGUUAAAUCAUAUUGCAGUAUAAAGGUAAGUACACUGUCAGUGUUGCGGUAAGCUAGAUGAUAUGAAUUACAGACAGAGGAUAUUGUUAUGAUUUGAAAACCUGACACACAUCUUGUAAUCUGCUCUGUAAAAACAAAAAGUGCUAUUUAAAAUAUGACAUUUCUUCCUGUAAGCGUUCUCUCUGCUUUGUCAGUCCACCUGCUGGCCUUCAGCGGGGCACGGAAGUGCUGAUGUUACAGCUGUCGAGGCAAACUUCAGAAAGGAAGGAAAUAUCCUUAUUAAAAAUAGCAUAAAGUGGCACAAUAGGGGAGGCGGGGAGGGAAUGGUGCAAGAGUUUCACCAGCAGUCACUUUCUUUUUCUGGUGUUGCUGAGUGGUUUCCAUCGGCGGGUGAGGUCUUGGUUGCUUUUUUUUGACAAUCCUGGUAGAUAAAUAAGUUCAUAUAAGUAGAGGGUGCUUUGUAGAAGAAGCACAAGCAAUUGCUCUGAGCAGAAAAAGUGCACUUUCUUUUAUGAAAAAUCAGUCUUUGGGUCUGUAGUGACCCCUCUUAAGCAAUGGCAGGUACCUUGCUACAGUAUUGAACAUCAAGGUAAAUAGGGCUUUAUGUCACUAGUGGUUUAAUCGGUGUAUUUCAAGUCAAGAAUAGCUCAUCCUACAAAAAGUAACCUCUCACAAUGUAACUUUUUUUAUGCCAGCGAAACAUUUUAUAUAUCGUUUUAAAUAUCUUCCAGUUAAUCCAGUCUGCCGUGACUUGUUCGUGUACCUGGGAUAUCAAACAUCCAGCUACUUGGCUUGAACUGCUCAUACAUAAGCAGUGUUAAAUUCUUAUCAUGAAGUGGGGAAAGUACCUACCUCUUUAUUCUGUUCCACUGCUUUAAAAACACUGCUCUCACAAAUUGCACUGCAAUAAUUUCAGACCACAACUGUGAUUCAUCCCUUUUUGUCCAAUGUAUUUAGUUUUAUGAACUAUGCAUACCUAGAGAGAACCAGGUGCCCAGAACUCCACUGCUGAGGUGACGGAGGAGCUCAUCAGAUGAUGACAAGAAAUCAGAUUAUUCAUGUAUCCAAGUUUCACAUCACCCGCAUUGCUUAGGAUCUGAGCAGUCUUUAUUUCUUUACAAACACUGGGUGCUAAUUUUGCUAUCCAGGUACAAGGGUUUUCUGAGGGAAGGAGAGCAAACAUUUAGCUGUUGUGUAAAUUGCCAUGUUUAAAUAAAAGUCUGUUCAUUAUGCUCUU